AUGGCCGACGUCGAGAAGAAAGCACGCACGUCGGGGGAGCAGCCCCGAGCUGAACCAACACCCGUCCUGCCAACCGCCAAUACUCCAACGACAGAAAAACCAGCGCCCCCUAAACCUUCCCUACACCCGGCUUUCUACGUCGUGACGUGGAUCGGAUUCAGUGGAGGUGUUAUUUUGUUCAAUAAAUGGUUGUUGGAUACACUUGGAUUCAAAUUUCCCAUCACCCUCACAGCAUGGCACAUGGUCUUUGCGACCUUCAUGACCCAGAUCCUGGCCCGGACUACGACCCUGCUAGAUGGACGCAAAACCGUCAAAAUGACCGGCCGAGUCUACCUCCGAGCCAUCCUUCCCAUCGGCUUCUUCUUCAGCUUGAGUUUGAUCUGUGGAAACAAAGCCUACCUUUACUUGAGUGUUGCCUUCAUCCAGAUGCUGAAGGCGACGAUGCCGGUUGCAGUCCUCCUGACCACGUGGAUGAUGGGUGUCGCACCCCCAAGUUUGAAGACCCUAGGCAAUGUCUCGUUCAUUGUGAUUGGAGUGAUCAUCGCGUCGUAUGGUGAGAUCGAGUUCAAUCUGACCGGUUUCUUGUACCAGGCCGGGGGCAUUACUUUUGAGGCUACCCGGUUGGUUCUGGUUCAACGUCUGCUCAGCUCUGCCGAAUUCAAGAUGGAUCCAUUGGUGUCGUUGUAUUACUUUGCGCCCGUCUGCGCUGUCAUGAAUGGUCUAACCGCCCUGGUGCUUGAGAUGCCCAAAAUGAGCAUGGAUAACAUUUACGAUGUCGGUAUUUUCAUGCUUGUGGCCAAUGCAAUGGUUGCGUUCCUCCUCAACGUCUCCGUGGUCUUCCUGAUCGGAAAGACAUCAUCGCUGGUUCUCACUCUCUGCGGCAUUCUCAAAGAUAUUCUCCUGGUGGUGGCGUCCAUGUUAAUUUGGGGUACUCCCGUCAGCAAGACACAAUUUUUUGGUUACACAAUCGCGCUCGGCGGUCUGUUGUACUACAGGCUUGGAUCGGAACAACUCAAGCAAUAUAUGAGCCAGGCUGGGCGAUCGUGGUCAGAGUUCGGUGUUCAACGACCCGCCAUGCGAAAAGCACUCGUCUUCGGGUUGGUGUUGGUCACAAUUUUCCUCUUGCUGGGUGGCUUGGCUCCAACAUACGCCCCCGCGCAAACCAAGAACUUGAAGGAUUUGUUCAGCACUGGACUGGGUUCAUGA